AUGACUGACAAGACACCCCUCUAUGGCAACAAGUUUGCCGAACUGAUCGCUCAAAACGUUUCGGAUCCUCUUCCAGCCGAAAACGCAGUCAAUGCUAAACUAACCAGCAUUGACGGCAACGGGACCGCCGCUCUCGUCAGCAAGCUUUAUGUCCCUGGGGAUCCCAAAAGAUAUGGUGGCUUCGGUCUCAUCUUCAGAGAUGAUUCUACAUACGACGACUUCGAGUGGGUACAGUUCGUCACCCGACAGCUGGUAAUCAAUGGCACCGCCCAAACCGGGAGCUUGUCCAACAAAACGAACAAGCCUGCUUAUCAAUUGGUAAACUCUACAGAGAAUAUCACCGAUUUUGCAACUGGCUCGGGAGCGCCAAACUGGAAUACUUGCUGGGGCGUGGACUCUAAGCUUAGCAAUGUUUUCUUCGCCAGCACUCAUGAAUACGUCAAGGAUGAUGCUCUCAAAGUGAAGGGCAUUAUGGAUACCCCAAGUGUCUUGGUCGGCAAGAUUCCAAAGUCGUAUGACAGAGACUCUUAUCUAGAUGCUCCGGAUGACUUGGUCGACAUGAAGGUAUUGGCGACUGGCCCAGGUACUUCGCGCGCUUACUUCUCGGACUAUCUUGUAAAGAAGCUUGAUGACGGUGGACGUCGCAUCUACGCGCGCUUUGACCACAGUUUGACCUGGAGCGCUGGCGAGGGGGAUAAGAAUAAUUACGAGAUCAGCUCUUUGAGGUCUACUGCCACCAACGCAUUUCUGGACUGUCACAGAGCUGCUCUUCAACACUCGACUAGGCCACUGAAGGCAGGCAAUGAGUCACAACAACCUUAUCUGGAGUUUCUCAACUCUAUUGUUCAGUGA